GAAGCACUGUCCACUCUGAUCAUUGUCCGUAUGGAUGUCUUCCUCAGGUGCAUCAGAGAUGGACGCGGCCAAUGACAGCACCUUCGGAAAUUUCAUUCUCGCGGGCUUCUCUGACCGGCCCCAGCUGGAGAGGGUCCUCUUCUCGGUCCUCCUGCCCGCCUACCUCCUGACCCUGCUGGGCAACGGCACCAUCAUCCUGGUGUCCAGGCUGGACCCGCACCUGCGCACCCCCAUGUACUUCUUCCUCACGCACCUGUCCUUCCUGGACCUCAGCUUCACCAGCAGCUCCAUCCCACAGCUGCUCUACAACCUGAGCGGGCAGGACAAGACCAUCAGCUAUGUGGGCUGUGCUGUGCAGCUGGUGCUGUUCCUGGGCCUGGGGGGUGUGGAGUGCCUCCUGCUGGCCGUCAUGGCGUAUGACCGCUUUGUAGCGGUCUGCAAGCCCCUGCACUACACGGUGGUCAUGAGCCCCAGGCUCUGCAUAGGCCUGGUCUCAGUAGCCUGGAGCUGCGGAGUGGCCAACUCUUUGGCCAUGUCUCCGGUGACCCUCAGCUUACCCCGCUGCGGGCGCCGCAGGGUGGACCACUUCCUGUGCGAGAUGCCGGCCCUCAUCAGGAUGGCCUGUGUCAACACUGCAGCCGUGGAAGGCACGGUCUUUGUGCUGGCGAUCGGCAUCGUGCUGUCCCCGCUGGUGUUCAUCUUGCUCUCCUACGGCUACAUCGUGAGGACUGUGCUGCGAAUCCGCUCCGCCGCAGGGCGGCAAAAGGCCUUCAACACCUGUGGCUCGCACCUCACCGUGGUCUCGCUUUUCUACGGAAACAUCAUCUAUAUGUACAUGCAGCCGGGAAACAGCUCCUCCCAGGACCAGGGCAAGUUCCUCACCCUCUUCUACAACAUGGUCACCCCGCUCCUCAACCCUCUGAUCUACACGCUCAGGAACAAGGAGGUGAAGGGGGCACUCAGGAGGCUGCUGCUGGGUAGCAGAGAGGCAAGGGAAGUGAGGGCCCGUCCCGGACAGACCAGAGGGAAGCUGUUCUGGUGAGGGUGGCUAGGAAAACCGAAACAGAACACAAGCUCUCAAGCAAACAUUUUAAUGAGAAAGAAAGGGGCCGAGAAA